AUGUUCAUCCCACCGUUCACCAUCUUGUUCGUGACGCUGCUAUCGGCAGCAUGGGCCAAGCACUGCACCAACUUUGUGCUACCUGUCGACAUUUCGGCACGCAACGGCGUGUUCGGUGGACAGAAGAAGAUCGAAGACAACUUCGAUGCGACCAAAUUCGCGCAGAACUUCACGGUCAUAGGCCAUAACUAUACGAAUGACAUCCUUACCGGCUAUGCGACAGUCCGGGGUAGGUUUAACAUCUCCGCUGAAUUUUGCGUACCUACUUCGUCCGUUCAGCGGAAGAAGACGGUCCAGUUUCUCAUUCAUGGUCUGAGCUUUGACAAAAGAUAUUGGGAUUGGCCAAUCGAUCCCAGGAAAUACUCCUACGUGGACGUUGCGACCGACGUGUUCGGUUAUAGCACGUUCUCUGUAGAUCGCCUGUGUGCAGGCCAAUCAACUCUCGCUGAUCCUUAUAGUGUUUGCCAAGCGCAAGCUGAAAUGGCAGCGGUCGACGUCCUCACCACGAUGCUUCGCAAAGGAGCUGUCCAAGGAGUCGACGCCUCCCACUCAAUCGUACACAUAGGGCAUUCCUAUGGUUCAGUCAUCGCGUACCUCCUGGCUGCACAGUCACCGAACAACACGAACGGCAUCGUCCUUACCGGAUACAGUCAAAAUGCCACAGGAUUCGCCGCCACCGUUGCCGGCUUCAGCGUCCGCACCGGCCGCUCGAACCUCCCCAAGGAAUUCGGGAACCUCGACCCAGGCUACAUCAUCUAUAACGACAUCUUCAACGAGCAGUACAUAUUCAUGUACCCUCCUUUUGUCACUCGGGAGAACGAAGAAUUCGUCGAGAAGAUCAAGCUACCCUUUGCUUUCGGAGAAAUCGUCACCACAGGCAGUACCAUCGCGCCUGCUGAUAAAUACAAUGGUCCAGCACUCGUCCUUACGGGGAGACAGGACGCUAUUUUCUGCGGCGGCGACUGUUUUGUUACCGGAGACCCGAGUGUACCGAGCAUUCCUGCGACGGUCCGGCGGAACCUGCCUCAUGCCAGUCCUUUUGAGGUGAUCAUCCAACCGAAUACCGGUCACCUCAUCAACAUGCACUUCAAUGCAACCGGGGCCUAUAACGCCAUCAAUCGGUUCCUGGAAAGUAAUCACCUGUAG